UUCCGGUGUCAUGGUAUCUGUUGCGUGUCCCGAGCAAAACGCGGAGAUCUAGAUUCUUGCUAGACUGCGAUUCGUGGCUUUAAUUUGCUGUGUACUGCUUAGAAAGAACCUGGGAGACCUCCGAGCUCUGAAAUGGUGACGUUAUGGGAUGGCAGCAGUGAAAUGGGGUGGAAGCAGGUUGAGACCAGUUAGAAGUGGUGAGAAGGAGCUGUGCUGUCUAGAGCCUGCUUGCUUAGCUUCAGACCCUGAGGUCCUCCAAGGCCUCAUGCUUGCCAGGCAGGCAUUCAUGCUGCUGAGCUAAAUACAGAGCACUGAACGUGUUUUCUGUGUAGUAUGGAAGACAGUAACAUUGUUCCUUAGAGGCGGUGACCUUUGAGGAUGUGGCUGUGAAUUUCAGCAAUGAGGAGUGGACUUUGCUGAGUCCAUCCCAAAAGAACCUCUACAGAGAUGUGAUGGGGGAAACCUUUAGGAACGUGGCUGAAAUAGGAGGACUUGGGGAUAAACAGCAAGCUGAAAAAGAAUACAAAAUUUACUGGAGAUACUUAAGAAAUGACAAGCUAGGAAAAUUCUAUGGACAAACAUCUUGGAAUCAGUGUAAAGAAUUUCUUUUUACUUCAGAAGGUAAUGUGGGUGUGAAAGAAACAGAAACACAACACGAUGUUCAGAUCCAUGAAAAAUAUUGCAAUGGAGGGCAACACAAUUUAUUUAACCAAUGCGGGAAAGGUUUUAUCACACUUGGAAUUUGUAAGAAACAUGAAAGAAUUCACAGAGAAGAGCAACCCUACACAUGUAAGCAAUGUGGGAAAGCUUUUACAACUCAUACAUAUUGUCCAGUAUAUGAAAGUCUUCACUCUGGAGAAAAACAUUAUUUAUGUAAGCACUAUGAGAAAGCAUUCAGUACAGGUACUUAUUGUGUAAUCCAUGAAAAGAUUCACACUGGGAAGAAAUUGUAUAUAUGUAAGAAAUGUGGGAAAGCUUUUAGCAAUAACAUUCAUUGUCAAAUACAUAAAAAUCUUCACACUGGAGAGAAACCCUAUGUAUGUAAGCAAUGUGGAAAAGGUUUCACCCAACGAGGAAAUUGUAAGAAACAUGAAAGAAUUCACACUGGAGGGAAACCCUAUGUAUGUAAGGAAUGUGAGAAAGCUUUUACCACAUCUGGACAGUGUAAGCAACAUGAAAGAAUUCACACUGGAGAGAAACCCUAUGUAUGUAAGGCCUGUGGGAAAUCCUUUAGGAAAAGUGGAGAUUGUAAAAAACAUGAAAGAAUUCACACUGGAGAGAAACCCUAUGUAUGUAAGCACUGUGGAAAAGGUUUCACCCAAAGUGUAAACUGUAAGAAUCAUGAAAGAAUUCACACUAGAGAGAAACCCUAUGUGUGUAAGCAAUGUGGGAAAGCUUUUGCCACUCGUGGAGGUUCUAAUCGACAUGAAAGAAUUCACACUGGAGAGAAACCCUAUGUAUGUAAGGACUGUGGAAAAUCUUUUACCACACGUGCAGAUUGUAAAAAACAUGAAAGAAUUCACACUGGAGUGAAACCCUAUGUAUGUAAGCACUGUGGAAAAUGUUUCACCCAGUCACUAAAUUGUAAGAAUCAUGAAAGAAUUCACAAUGGAGAAAAACCAUAUGUAUGUAAGCAAUGUGGGAAAGCUUUUAGCCAACAUUCUCUUUGCAAGCAACAUGAAAUAAUUCACACUGGAGAGAAACGCUAUGUAUGUAAGCAAUGUGGGAAAGCUUUUAACAGAUAUGGAUAUUGUAAGCAACAUGAAAGAAUUCACACUGGAGAGAAACCCUAUAUAUGUAAGCAAUGUGGGAAAGCUUUUAGCCAACAUGCUCAUUUCAAGCAACAUGAAAGAAUUCACACUGGAGAGAAACCCUAUGUAUGCAAACAAUGUGAAAAAGCUUUUAACACACAUGGAGAUUGUAAGCGACAUGAAAUAAUUCACACUGGAGAGAAACCCUAUGUAUGUAUGCAGUGUGGGAAAGGUUUUACCCAACAUGGAAAUUGUAAGAAACAUGAAAGUUCACACUCAAGAUAAAACCAGUAUAUAUAAGCAUCAUGAGAAUCAUUUCAGCACAUGUACAUUUUGCAUAAUGCAUGAAAACCUUCACACUGAGCAGAAAACUUAUAUAUGUAAGGAAUGUGGGAAAGGUUUCAGCAGAAAUGCUCAUUGUCCAAUACAUGAAAUAAUUCACACUGUUAAGAAACCCUAAUGUAUGUGAAGGAUGUGGGAAAGCUUUCACCACACAUGGAUAUUGUAAAAUACAUUAAUGACUUCACACUGGUGAGAAACCCUAUGUAUAUAACAAUGUGGCAAAGCAUUUACUGCGUACAUUCAUUGCAAAACACAUGAAUGAACUCCCACUGGGAAGAACCAUUGGCUAUGUAAGCAAUAUAGAAACUUUCAGCAGCCAGAGUGAAAGUGAAAUACAUGAAGAAACUCACACUUUCAAUAAAACCUAUGUGUUACGGGAUUAUUCUCAGCACACAUGAUGAUUGUUACAUAUCUGAAAGAGCUCACUGGGCAGACAUCCUAUGUGGUUUUGCAAUGUGAGAAAUAUGGCAUUCCAUAUUUGUUGUUAAAAACACAGAAAAAGCCCUACUGGUCAGACUGUUUAGACCUAAGUCUACUUUAAAAUUCCAAGGAGACCUGAAGAAAUCAUCAGUACAGAAAUUUGAUGUCUAUAUUUCUUCACAAAUUUUCCAGAAAUGACAAAUCUGAGGUGGAGAUUUCCUCAAAUGCACAUGUUUUAUGGUUUUCAGUUAAUCACUUGUACCUCUCUAGAUUUUUAAUAGUGUCUUUGUUCUUCAACAUGCAAUCCUGUAAUUAAACAUGGUAAAUGGAAAUGUGCUUUUCACUUUGAAGUAUGGAUAGUGUCUAUGUACUCAAUGUUUUGUCUUUAAAAAUUUAUUUUUAUAUUUUUUGGUGAAUUGUAAUGUUUAUUUAAAGAGAAAAAAACUAAAAUUUGUAGAAAUAAUGCAAAAUUUCAGAAAAAUAAUAAGAAAUCACUAGUUCAUAAGUUACAUAUUGUUAUCGUAGUAGUUGUUCAAGUUACAAAAUUAAAGCGCACAAAGUGACAUUCAAAUAAUGACACUGUGAACAGUUCACCUAAAUGAUCCAAUAAAAAGUUAAUAAUAUGCUUAUCUGUCCUACACACUUAUUUUUUAUCUUAAAGAGGGUAAGAUUAAAUAUGACAAAACAGAACAGAACAGUUCAUAAGAAAACAAGAUAAGGAAACACACAUUUCAAAGCAAGUCCACUGGAGAUGUUCACUGCCUAUCCUUCCAAAUAGUUGUUCUCAUCUUCUCGUGCAUUGAAUAUAUACUGAACAUUAUAGAACUAAUCAAAUAAUUACAGGAUGAUGAAGGCUUUUUAUGUCUUCAAAACCUGAUUUUGGGGAAGUCAAUAAUGACUACAAUAAUGUCUCUCAUUCUAAUUGUGGUAGCUGUCUUUAUCUUUACAUAUGCUGAAAUUGAACAUAAGAGACCAGACAAAUAUCACUCUGAACAGUGAAUAAUAGUAUCCUGAGAAGGAGAAAGGUGAGGAAUUGCCUAAAAAAAGAAGGCAGAGGACAUUGUUAAAAGUGUAUCAGGAUUUAAAAUCUACAGUUGCCUUGUUGCUCUGUUUAGUUUGAUAACAUUUUGUUCCAGUCUGUCUACUCAUAUUAGAUUUGAGAGCAUAGACUGAUAACCCAAAAAUAGCAGGUUAUACCAUGGCAACUAUUCUUAAUUUCCUAUUAACUUAAAACAAAAGACUAUAUUACUUACAUUGUCUUACUAUGAAAUCUUAUUUGAAGCUGGUUUGUUUGAAUGCUAUUUGGCCUUGACUGAUUUUAUUCGCAUCCACAUGCUUGCUGGUAUCAAGUCUAAGAGUAGAGGCAACAACUCUGAAGAUGACAAGAUGUAAAAGAUAUCCAUUGGGGGGCUGGGGAUUUAGAUCAGUGGCUUAAGAACCUGCCUGACAAGUGUGAGAUCGUGAGGUUGAUCCCCAGUACCAAAAAAAUAAAUAAAUAAUAGGUAUCCAUUCCAGGUUUGAUUAUUAACUGCUUUCACGUCCUAUAAUGUUUCAAUGUUGUGUUUUUAUAAAAAUGGCUAUGUAAUGUUAUGCUUAACUAUAAAAUGCCUGAUGAUGCAGACAAUUCUGUUGAAAAUAAUAAGAGAAAGCAUAGUAAGUACUGCACAUCACCUAUCUGUCUUUUUCAUAUCAUGGUUUUCUCGGAAUUUGUUUCGUUGUCUUGUUUUGAUUUGUUUAUCCCCAUAAUACAUAAAGGAUAGAUAUUUACAUAGAGAUUGACACAGGAGAAGACUUUCUAACAUAUUUAUAGGAACAAAUUAUAUAAUACAUGAGGUAAUGAACAGAUAUUCUGAAGAAGAAGAGACACUAAGAAACCCAAUGCUAAUUCUGUAGCAUUAUGAUAUAAACUCUAGCAAUACUAUUAUUCACUCUUCAGAGUGAUAUUAGUCUAGUCUCUUAAUUUUUAGUGAAUUGUAAUGUUAACACAGCAUCUGCUUUAGUCUUUUGAUACACAUGCUUCAUUUUCUGUGUCAUAAUUCAUGUUUCUGAAGUUGAUGCAAUAUUUGGCAUUAAGAUAUACAUUUAUAGAGGCUUGGAGCAUGUGUUUUUGACAAAGAUGUGUUCUUUUCACAUAACUUGUACAUUAAUGAAUGUUAUGUUUUCUACGUUGUGAAGAGAUACAAAACCUGCUGAUCUGCUAACAUCACUGGAUAUCACACCAUGUUCAUUAUGUUGCCUGAUUUUCUUUCUCAGGGGUACCAAUAUUUGUCAUUUAUGUAAACCUUUGUUUUUCUAAUCAUCACAAUUUGACCUGUCAUGUUUAUAUUGCAUCUUUACUUUGCUAGUAGGGUUUCCCCACAUGUACCAAUAGUAAACCAUAGUACUGUGAAUUUCUGGUUGCCCCAUUCUGGCAGCACCAUAACAUGUUUCCAAUAGCACAUCACAAAAUAUGUUAAUGUCUCCAGAAAUUAUAAAAUUUGGCAUGAUUUAUGGGUAACCACUUUGAAAUGAAUUUUCCGUAAAUGUGGAGUUGUUUGGGGGGAAAAGAUUGUUAUUGGAUAUAUCAUGCAAAUGCCUUUAUCUUAUUCCUUCAUGCUGUGAAUGAACUAUAUAUUUUGUAAUUAUUACUGCUUUUUCCUCAGACACUGAAGUAAUGGCAUGAAGGGAAACCUAAAUUUUGAGCUGUCAACACAAUAAGAAGUAAAUUUGCUAAAUUAAGAUUCAGAUUGUGUUCUGUUUUACUGAAUUGUGAGUUUAUACAAUAUCAUAUCUCUUCGUUUAUAAAAACUUGUGGCUGAUGUA